AUGAAUUUCUUAUCCGCAUUCACGUUUGAGAAAUUGUCAGUAAUGAGCGGAGAAAAAAUCCCAGUCGUGGUGAACGCAAAUGAGUCCGGAUCUCUGGAGUCAGGUUUGUCUCCAGAGGUCAGCAAGAUUGACAUGACUGCGGUCGAGAAAGGUGAUCCAGUCCUCGCCAAAAAAAUGUUCUUGAUCAAUAACGCUAUCGACGAGAUCGGAUUCACUUGGUAUCACGCCAAGCUUUUCUGCAUUGCAGGUUAUGGUUAUUCUGUCGACUCUCAAAUGGAAAUGAUCCAGUCAUCGGUUCACACCUACGUUGCUUACCAAUUUGGUGCUACAUACCCGAUCGAUACCCAGAUAUCUUACGUGGGAUUGUUGGUUGGAUCUAUCUUCUGGGGUUUUGGUGGUGACCUUAUCGGCAGAAAGGUCUGUUUCAACAGUUCGUUGCUACUUACCGCAUUAUUUGGUUUCUUGACAGGUGGUAUGAGUUCCAUGUCGACGUACUGUAUUUUUAUGGCGUUGGCUAACUUUUCUGCUGGUGGAAACCUGGCUAUGGAUGUGGCCGUUUUCCUCGAGUAUCUCCCGUUCAAGUACCAGUACAUGAAUACCAUUAUGGCAGCCUGGUGGGGUGUUGGACAAACUAUUACUAACGUUUUGGCUUGGGCUUUUCUACCAAACUUUUCGUGCUCAGGACCAGACUACUGCCCUUCGAGUAUCAAUCGCGGAUGGAGAUACACUUGGUACGUCAACAGUGCCGUCGUUCUUGCAUCUGGAUUACUUCGUCUUUUCUGGUUCAAGCUCGAAGAAACUCCAAAGUUCUUGGUCUCUGUUGGAAGAGAUGCCGAAGCCGUCGAUAACUUGCAAAGAUUGGCAAAGAAAUACAACAGAAAAUGCUCACUCACUUUGGAGCAGCUUGAGGCUUGUGGUCCAAUUACAUCUGAGUUCUACUCUGUUGAGAAUGAUGGAUUCAACUACAAGAAAAUCCUCAACAUUGUUCGUCACCAUUGCAAGAUCCUUUAUCAAGACAAAAUUAAUGGCUGGUCCACCUCGUUGAUUCUCAUUUCAUGGCUUUUUAUUGGCAUUUCUUACAGCAUUUUCUACAACUUCCUCUAUAUUUAUAUUGCUCAGCAUGGUGGAGAUACUGGAACUUCAACGUACAUCGUUUACAGAAACUCUUCGGUUGCAAAUUUUGUGGGUAUCUUUGGUCCUGUUCUUGCAGGAUAUAUGUGCCUCAUUCCAAAGGUUGGAAGAAGGCUUACGAUGAGUUUCGGAGCUCUUGCUUCUAUGGCGAUCUUAUUUGGCUAUACGACUGUGAGAACUGCGGCCGGUGACGCAGGAUUCAGUUCGGCAACUUACUUCUUUAUCAAUGUCUACUAUGGUUGCCUCUAUGCAUACACUCCAGAAGUCCUUCCCGCGCAAGCUCGCGGAACCGGUGUUGGAUUAGCUCUUUUUGCAGCAAGAGUGUCCGGAUCUUUUUCUCCAGUGACAUACUACUUUGGUGAACAGUCAGGUUCAUCUGUUCCAAUUUGGGUUUGUGGAGGUGUGAUUGGUUCUCUCGCUAUUGUUUCUGCUCUGCUUCCUUUUGAACCAUCCAAACACAGAUCUGUGUAA